UCUGCCAGUUAAUUUGGGCAGGUCGUCUUCACAUGCAGCUAUCAUGGGCCUUUGGAUAAUUUCUUCACAUCUGAUCUGACCAAGAACUUGUGUUUUACUUAAUUCAGCUGUGAUUCAAAGCUGGGUAAUUUGGGAUUCUGCUGCUUUCAGACCAAAACACUGAAGAUUCAGCCAUGGGAGACCCAGAACCAAGUGGUCUGGACAAUCAAGAGAGGACACCUGAAAAUAGGAAGCGGUACAGUGAGAUAUUCCGGAGCCUGGAUGCCAUAGAAAUCUCAAUUGGAAAUGCGACGGUUGAUAUGUUCAUUGGUGAUGCUGACAGCACUGAUGACAUGGACCUGACCACAGAAAAAGAGGUUGUUCCGCUCAGUGAAAGUUUCUGCAAGAGCAAAACCAGUUCAGAGAGACAAGUGCAGGCAGACAUAACAGUUCAGGAGGCAGACGAAAUGCUGAUAAAAUGUGAAGGCGGCAUUGACGCAGCCCUCGAAUAUGCCAAAAUGUGGUGUAAAUACGUCAAAGAGCUUCUCAGCUGGAUUGAGAAACGUCUGAGUUACGAGACAGAGUUUGCCAAAGGGAUGGUGAAGAUAGCAGAAUCAGGACGAAAUGCCAUCUUCCACCAGCACAACAUGCCUCUUCGGGCGCUCUAUACAAUGGUCCUGGAACAUGACAUAAAGGUUGGAAAUUCAGCUACUGAGACUGCAGGAUUGCUCCAACAGAAGGAAUUCUACCAGCCUCUGUCAGCUAAGAAGAAUGAAAUUGAGAAAUGGAGGAAAGAAUUCAAAGAUCAGUGGACAAAGGAGCAAAAGAGAAUGAAUGAGUCCUUGUCAUCCCUGCGCAAGUCCCGCCUGCAAUACAUUCAGCGCUGCGAGGAGCUGGAGAAAGCAAAGCACUUGAGUGCCAAGGCAGAGGACGAAUACCAGAGCGCAGCUAUCACCAACCCCGGCAGUGCCAACAAGCAGCUGGAGAAGCGACGCCGUUCUUGCGAGGAGGCACAAGCCAAGGUUCAGGAAGCAGAAGCUUUGUACAAGAUGUGCAUCAGCGAUGCCAACUUUCGGCGACAAGAACUGGAGAAAGUGCGAGCACGGAUCGUCUCGCAUAUUCGGAAGCUCAUUUACCAAGGGGAUGAGGUCCUGACGUGGGUCACUUUAAGGAUGUUCAAGCAACGGCAGACUCAGUCAGAACAGAUUCCAGUGGGAUACCAGUACCUGUCCGAGGUCUGCAAGCCAUACAAAGCAGGCGAGAAAUACCUGGAAUUCAUUCAGGCUCUGCAGAAGAAAGACAUUCAUAUGGAAGUGUUUGAAUUCGAGCCAUUUACUUCCGGAGGGCAGAGGUCCCCUCCCAGUGGCAAAAAGAAGAUGGCAUUGCAUUACACAGGACCCUUUUCUGCAGCAAAGGACACAAGCAUGCCAGAAGAUACAUCCAGAAAACAGUUAUCCACAAACGGUGAACACAGUGCAAACAAAUCCCUCUGCAGCGACACAGAAAGCCUUGGUGGGAGUUGUGAAUCCCGGUCCCUGGACUCUCCCAAUUCUAGCCCAGGAAACUCUAAUAGGAAAUUGUUGAAAGCUCCAUCCACCAGCACCAUGUCCUCCUCAGAUGAUUUUGAAGAGAGAGAUUCCUUGCAAACUUUUGAAAAUGAAAAUGGUACAUCCCAGCAGCAGUUUAAGAACAUCCUCCUCUCCAGUGCAGCGCAGACCCACCGGCUCCGGAAGCUGCGGGGACCAUCCAAAUGCAGGGAGUGUGACACUUUCAUGGUCAGCGGCUUCGAGUGUGAGGAGUGCUGCCUAGCCUGCCACAAGAAGUGUCUCGAGAACCUGCUCAUCACCUGUGGCCACAAGAAGUUGCCCAACCGAGUACCUCUUUUUGGCAUUGACUUCACGCAGGUUCCUCGAGAUUUCCCAGAGGAAGUUCCCUUCAUAGUAGUGAAAUGCACCUCAGAAAUUGAAGCCCGUGCCCUCGGGGUGCAGGGGAUCUAUCGGAUAAGUGGAUCCAAAGCCCGGGUGGAAAAGUUGUGCCAGGCGUUCGAGAACGGACGGAGCCUGGUGGAGCUCUCCGAGCACUCCCCCCACGACAUCACUGGGGUCCUGAAGCACUUCCUGAAGGAACUUUCGGCACCGGUGCUGCUGUCCCACCUCUAUAAUGAUCUCAUUGCACUUGCCAAAGAUUUACAAAAACCUGGGGAAGAAAAGUUGGACUGUGCAGGCUUCCCUUCCGAUCCCAUCCAGAGCAUGAAGGACUUGCUGAGCAAAUUGCCUGGAAGCAACUACAACACCCUGCGACACCUCAUUGCACACUUGUACAGGGUGGCAGAGAAAUACGAAGAGAACAAGAUGUCCCCAAACAACCUGGGCAUAGUAUUUGGGCCAACUCUGAUCCGGCCAGGCUCAGGGAGCGAUGUCUCAAUGUCAUGCCUUGUUGACUCUGGGUAUCAAGCCCAGAUUGUGGAGUUUCUCAUUCAGAACUACGAAAGGGUGUUUGGGAUGGAUGACCUGCCUUCAUCCUUAUCCCUUGGAUGUGAAAAUCCUUCGCAAGAAGCAUCGACAGAAAAGGAUGAAGGACUUCAGAGCCCAAACACAGUCCAGACUAUAAACCUAGAGAAUUUCUCCUCCAAGCACGGUUUAAAUGUGGACUGUGAGUCUGAUAACUCAUCUUCCAGGGAAGCCAUCAAUGAGCUGACUCUGGAGGGAGCCCACAGUCCAUUAAGCACGGAUGCCCUAGAGAUGAAUACAAGUAUUGGCUCGGAGCUGGAGGAACUGGAGGACUCUGUGCAGGAAAAGAUAGACAGCGAUUCAGACACGGUCCUAGGGACCCAGCCCAGAUGCCAUUUCAGCCGACAACCUGUAAAAUAUAUUCGAACACAGGCAAAAAUGAAGCCAGUCAUUCCCAAGUCUUCCAAUUUGCCCUUGAGGACUACCACAUUAGCCAACAUGGCAAUGGAGCCUGGUGCAGAAGGGAACCCUACCACCGACAGCAGCUCCCCAACAAAGGACAUCCCGGAGGAGAGCACCAGGAGCAGCAACAGCUUGACCGACACAAGCACACUCAAGCAACGCUUAGGAGGGAGACAGCAGCUCAAACAUUUUGAGAUCACGCAGGAAACUGCCAGGAUUGUCUCAAAGUUUAAAGUCGAUGAUACUUCUGCAUCCCCUGAGCCUUUUCUGGAGAGCGCAGGAUCUACUGAGAAAGCAGAGGACCUCAACCUGACAUACCUAUAGGAAAAACCCCUAAGGGUAACAGAUAAUAGCAAUGGAAAGGGAGAGAGGACUGAAAUCCUACACCUGCUGAACGAAGGAAUAGCGAUGGUGAGAAUAACAUCCUAUUUGUAUUUACCAUGCAAUCUGGAGAAAAAGCACCAGCUGCGAACUUCCUGGCAGGCUUUCAGCUAACUCAGGAUUUGCUCUUUAUUCAUUUACAAACCCAUAAAAGUGAUAAGAAGCAAGCCCAACGGCUCACUCUCUGGAACACACCCUGUUUAGCAUGAAGGACAAUGCAAGAAGUGGAGGGAACACAGAUUGCCUGGCUAGAAAGAUGUCGCCAGGAAGGAGGCAACUGAAAUGUAGGACAUUGGACAUAAACCAUUCCCCGAUGGUCAUUUUCUGGCAGCUGCAACAAGCACUGAUUUCUGUCAUUUUUAUUUCACAGCAUUUUUGAGUGUAACUCACUUUUUGAGUGUAAUAGAACAGGGUACACAGGCAAAGCUCAUGUACUCUAGAUCCUUCUGCUUCUGUUGCUGGAGCUUCAACUUGCUAGUCAGCACAAAGCCAUUCUGUAAAGGGAAAAAACACUGCUGUACUCUGAGCUGGACCCCAUUUCUCCAAAACAUUAAUUCUAUUUCCCUCAAAGCACAUUGAGCUUCUGCAAUACUUCCAUGUGAAGCUGCUGCUGUCAUGAAGGUGGCAAAACCCUGAACCCCCAGCAGAGAAGAAGAUUUCUUGGAUCUAAGACCAGGUUGCUAUAACUUGCUGGGUCUCCAUCUCACCUGCCCGUGGGUUGCCCCGAUGCUCCUUUCUGCCUCCCUGCAGCAGAUUUUCUGUCCACCAAAUUUUAACAUGAGGACAGGGAGAACUCUGUCCUAU